GCUCCCAGGAUGCCUCGCGCCGGGGCCGCCCGCGCCGCCGCGGGUGAGGGCGAGGCGCCGCGGCGAUGUCGGUGGUGUUCGUGCCGGAGCGAGUGCGGGGCAAGGCGGAGGUGAACCAGGAGACGCUGCGGAGGCUUCUAGAUGAAAAUGAUCAACUGAUCCGGUGUAUCGUGGAGUACCAGAAUAAAGGAAGAGCUGCAGAAUGUGUGCAGCACCAGCACACGCUGCACAGAAACCUGAUUUAUCUGGCCACCAUCGCCGACGCAUCUCCCUCUCCGAAUGCAGAGAAGACCAUUGCGGACUGAUGCACGGGUGUGCAAAAGGACUGAGCCUCUUUGGGGGGAGCAGGGAGAGAGUUUGGAAGAGCCAGCAGCUGCUGCUUUGAAUGUACCCCUGUGGGAAACCUGCCACAUUGUGCUUUUUUAAGACAGCACAGUUCUUAUUCUCUUUGCAAGAAAAGGAUCCAGCAGGCACGAGGGUGGCAAACGCAGUAACCUGCUCCCUCUGUCGGAGGGCAGCUUGCAGAGCAACCUGGAGCCAUCGACCCAGGCUGCUCUUUAUUGCCAACUCUCCCCUUCUGUAUUCCCGUUGUACUUGCACUGCAUCACCAGUAGAGGGCAGUGCCAAGCUUUGCCUCGCCUGCUCAUCCCCAUAAAUACUGCACUAAUUGUCCCACAAACAUGCGACUGAAAGCAGGGAGUGCUGGAAAUGAACUGCAUUAAGGAAAUAAAAUUCUGCUUCGAGUUGA